ACUGGAUCUUGUGAUCCGCAGUGAGGAGCUACUGGGUUCGAUACGGCGCACGAUCUCGUCAUGUGAUUCAAACCUUCCGGAAACCGGCAGCGGUUCACUGACUUAGCUCGUGCUGCUCGACGGAGAGGUUUCCUCGGCUUUUCAGCCAACAAACUCAACCGAAUUCGGCAUUAGAGUUCUGUCGAGAAAGAGGAGACGUGUAGAAAAAUGGACUUGGCCCAUCAUGGUCUCGUUCUUCUUAAGCGCCUCAAUGCUCAAAGAGAGUUUGGUUUCCUCUGUGACUGUACUGUGGCCAUCGGGGAUGUUCUUUUCAAAGCCCACAAAGCUGUUCUUGCAGCGUUCUCAAACUACUUUCGUAUGCUGUUUAUCCAUCAAGACAGAGACUGUGUUCGACUGAAGCCUUCAGACAUACAAGCAGAUAUCUUCAGCUACUUGCUUAAUUUAAUGUACACUGGAAAAUUCACCACACAGCCCAUUGACCCUCUUCGCCUUGAGCAGGGUGUAAAAUUCCUGCAUGCUUACCCUUUAUUACAGGAGGCAAGUCUUGUUAUAAACCCUGAGUCCCACUAUGUACCUUUAACAAACUCACUUUAUGGCAUACAGAUACCUGAUCAGACUUACAGCCGGCCUGAAAGAAAUACAGCAUGCAAGGAUGGUGCUAAGAACAGUGAAAACGUUAACCGAAAAUUUUUGGAAAUUUCUGAUAUGGAUUAUAGAUCUCCACAACCUGUUGGCAUAGAGUCACCAACCCGAAACCCAGCAGCCACAAUAGUCCACCACCUCACAUAUGGCAUAAUGAGUAAGAGUGCUUCCUCCCGAAAGCAUUACUCCUGCAAUUACUGUGGAAUCCAUUUUAACCAGAGGUGCAAGUUGAAGGAACAUCUCCUUGUCCACACCACGCAAGCAGCUGAGCCACAUGUGUUGUUUAUGCAAAAUGGUCACGCUUCUGAGCUUGAAGUUCAGGAUAUGGAAGAGGACCAUUUGCAUGCUGACAAUGAUGUUAUUAGUGAUACUGAUCAACAGGCGUGGAUGGAAGACACCCCGCCGCCUUCUGAAAUUGCUGAUAUAGACAACCUGGAGGGCACCGAGAUGGGUCGUGAAAUUAAACGCCGAAAAUUUGAGUGUCCGACCUGUGCUCGCAAGUUUAUUCAGAAGAGCCACUGGCGUGAGCAUAUGUACAUUCACACCGGAAAGCCAUAUAAGUGCAGUGCUUGCGGAAAGAACUUCUGCAGAGCCAAUCAAGCUGCUCGACACGUUUGUUUGAGUCAGGACACAGACUCGUACAUUAUGGUCAACAAGCAGAGUUUGGUUCUGUGUGGUGGAGAAGACAACAGUCAGGUAGAAGCUCUCUUCCAGUCUUCGGAAAGACCUUAUAAAUGUAGCAUUUGCGCAGCACCUUUUGCAAGUCCUUCUGAGGUUCCCAAACAUCAGUGUUUGACUGAGAGUGAAGCAGUACCAUUAGCAGAAAAUUCAGUGAGGGAAAAUCAAAACAAGGACUUAUAGACAACUACUUCUGAAAAAAACAUUCCUCUUAAAAGUCUAAAGCAGUAUUAGUUUAUUCAGUGUCAGUAUUUAACCAUUUUCAUGUGUUUGUUACAAACUGAGAGAGAAAUAAGUAUUUUUUUUAAAGGUCCACUGCAUUAUUUUCAUUUUUAUUUUCUAUUGAAAGGUCUUUUGUAAAUAUAUUUGAAACUACUAAAAUGCAAAAACCAUAUUUAAUGUUUGCAUCAGAAACACUUCUGAGUUGCCUCUUUAAAGUAUCCUACAUUGCACAAAGUAAAAAAUAAACCAGCGUUUUAUCA